AUGCUUGCCGUUCACCAGUCCCACAACGUCCCUUUCGCCUUCACUCUUGGCCCUUCGGUCUUCAACCCACAACUCCCCUUCCCACCUUCCUCUCCCCUACCCAACCCACCCACGUGUCUUCCCUCUCCCUCUACCUCUUCGUUCUCUACCCCUUCAUUCUGCUCCCUCUCUCUGCCACCUCCUUCUGCCCCCCUCAGCAAGAUCUGCUGCAACAAUAUCAGCAACACGCUGCCCAUGUUUCUUGGAGGGCUCUUGAAGAUGGAAGCCCUUGACCUGAGCAACAACCGUCUGUACGGAAUCAUCCCCACUCAUCUCACAGGCCUUGUCCGCCUCACUCUCCUCAACCUGCGCAACAACCAGCUAACAGGCCGAAUACUGCAGCCCAUCCCAGCAACCCUCACCACCUACAACCUUGACAACAACUACUUCUCCUCUGGCUUCUCCUCCCCACCCAACUGCGCCCAAGGCACCAUCUCCUUCCGCUUCAACUGCCUUGCAACCCCCCCUGAAGGCUACUCCUGCCCCACGCCAGCCACGCCCUCUGCUGCAGCUGCAGCAGUACAGCGGCCGGCGGAGCUCUGUGCCGCGUUUUGUGGCAUAAGUGCUGACGAUCUUCCGUGCGGUGGGCACGGCUCGUGCUAUGCGGACGGGCCCAGCAGAGUGCCCACGUGUGACUGCGACACCGGGUUUGUCAACGGAGAGUUGCCUGGAAGCUGUGUCCCUUCUGGAGGAGGGCGCUCCACAGCAGAAGACACAGCCGGUGACCCAUACGACAUCAGGCCUACAACAGCGCAGACAGCAGCUAAAGGGCGGGCGGCAGUAGCGACUGACAGCACCAUCACACUCACAGCCUUUCAGCCCAACACGUGGGGUGCAGCCUUCUUCCAGGUGCCCAUCCAGCUCUUCUCUUUCGCUCUGAAAGCCGGUACCUGCGGCCGCCCAUUCGCCUUCACCGUCUAUUUCUCCUUCACCAUUCUCAAACCCGCCACCGCAAGCGCCACAACAGAAAUAGGGGACGGUUUUGCCUUUGUGAUUGCAGCCAGUGACACUGUCACGGGCGGCAGCACAGGCAGCAGCGACGGCAGUGGUGGCAGCGGCAGCUUGGGGUAUGCAGGCAUGGAUGAGCGCAGCAUCACUGUGGAGUUUGACACAGCCAAGAAUACCGAUGCCAACGAUCCCAACAACAACCAUGUGGGGCUCCGUGUGAGCGGAAAAACCACCUCCAUUGCAACAGCAAAAGCACCUGUGAUUCUCAACGACGGCAAGCCAAAGCAUGCAUGGGUCAUCUUCGACCCCACUCGUUCCUCCUCCUCUUCUUCCUCUUCCUCUGGUUCCCCCCCUGGUGUUGGAUCACUGCAAGUGUUUCUCUCUGCCAGCGCGUCCCCCCAGCUAAGCAGGGCAGCGCUGUCAGUGCAGGUGUCCCUGUGCCGCUACCUGAAGCCCAGCAAGCAGGAGGCAUCGCCUACCACAGCCAACAGCCCUCACAGAGCGGGCGUGCAGCCUCUGGAGGCGCCAGGAGGAGCAGGAUUAGGGGGGGAAGGGGAGGAGGAGGAGGUGUGGGUUGUGAGCCAGGCAUUCUUCUCGGCCGACCUGGGGCUGCCGUGGCCUGUCAAGAACCAGGGCGCCUGCGGCGACUGCUGGGCAUAUGCCGUGGUGGGAAGCGUGGAAAUGGCCUACGGCAUCCUCACCAACCUCGCCCGCGUGCCACUCCUCUCCGUCACACAGCUGCGUGAAGCCCUCGGCUCCUCAUGCUCGCAGGGAAACUCGCCCUCCCUGGCCUUCCAGUACCUCGUCACACUCAACGCCAAGGCCAGCGUUGGGCUGGUGGAGGAAGGGAAGGCUGGAGCGGUGGCAGUGAGGAGGGGCAGGGGCAAGAAGGAGGGCAGCGGCAGCACGAGCCCGCUGUGCAGCAUGCCUGUCCUUGCUCAACUUGCGAAAGCAUUUGGGAUCUCAUGUGGUGGAGGCCGGACCCCCGGAUCGGUAGGCUUGGGGUUGUUCAAAGAGUGUGCUUUUGCUUGCCUGAUAAUUCUCCCCCUUCUGUGUUGUCCUCUCCCCUUCCCUCAUUACUUUCCUCACCUCCUAUUAUCCCCCUCCUCUACCCUUCCUCCCCUACCCCUCCCUUUAACCUACCACUCCUCCCCUACCGCUCCCUUCAACUUACCACUCCUCUCCUACCCCUCCCUUCAACCUACCACUCCUCCCCUACCCCUCCCUUUAACCUACCACUCCUCCCCUACCCCUCCCUUUAACCUACCACUCCUCCCCUACCCCUCCCUUUAA